CUGCACACACACCACAGUUCCGUCCUUACAGUAUAAGCUACUAGUACUUUGGACAUUCUUUGCGUUAAGAAAUUUAUUGAAUUCCUCAAAUGAAUCCAGCAAUUAUUAGGCGUAGAGUGAUUAUGUAUGUCUGUACGCUAGUCCAGACGGUUCUUCACUACUAUGAGAAGCGAUUGUUGAAGCGCGGCUCACAAUUUGAGAUGUGCCUAAACCUUCUAGGAAAUAAAAGCAACUUCAGCACUUUCCUACAGAACUUAUUGAGAGGGAAGGUGGUGGUGCCGAGUAAAACUUCAGCUAGCUUCUUAUCAACUAUUGGGCAUCUAGAUAACAGGGUGGAGUUGGACAAGAACAUCAAACCAGGAAGUAAUAAAUAUUUCGCAACUCUUUCGGCUAUGGCAUCAAAAUUAGCCUACGAGAACCACGAAUUCAUCAAAUUUACAGUUGAAAUAACAUGGAAGAUGGAAUUGCUGGGAACAUAUAGCUUUUGGGAUGAGAGACACCAGAAAGAUACAACACAAGCUUUCAUGUUCCGCGACAAGAAUGCUGAUUCUGAUAUAAUUUUUGUGGCCUUCAGAGGUACAGAAGUUUUCGACGCUGAUGACUGGCGCACCGACUUUGAUAUCUCAUGGUACAAUCUCCUAGGCGUCAAUGGCAGAGUUCACGGUGGUUUCAUGAGAGCCCUUGGUCUGAAACUGGAUGGAACGUGGCCAAAUAGCACUAUGACUGGUGAACAUCGACACGCUUACAAUACCAUAGCAGAAGAGUUGAAAGGCCAUUUCAAGACCAAUCAUCACACAAAAUUCAUCCUUACUGGCCACAGCCUUGGUGGGGCGCUUGCAGUACUCUUUCCUGCGGUUCUUGCACUACACAACGAGGUCAAAAUUCUAGAACGGCUGGAAGCGGUCUACACAUUUGGACAGCCCAGGGUUGGAGAUGAGAGAUUGGGGGAGUUCAUGAAAGAGCAAUUUGAACAUUAUGGAGUCAGAUACUACAGAUUUGUGUAUAGCUACGAUAUCGUGCCUAGGCUGCCCUACGAUGACUCUGCACUGAUGUUUAAGCACUUUGGGACGUGUAUCUACGUCAAUAGUAUUUAUGAAGCAACGGCUGUUGAAGAAGAACCAUUCAAGAAUUAUUUCGACUGCGGCUCAAUUGUGACCAAGAGAGUAGAUGCUCUGUGGGAACUGGUAAGAGGUUUUCUUCUUCCCCGCAUGUUUGGACCAGAUUAUAAAGAAACUUUGCUGCUGCGAAUGUUUCGGAUGCUCGGACCUGUGUUCCCUGGUUUACCUGCUCAUGGACCGCAAGAUUACAUCAAUGCAACUCGAUUGGCAACUUACUGAUAUAUAGUACACUUUCACCGGCCUGGGGAGAGUAAUCUAUGAGACUAUAAUCUUUGCAAGAGACGCAAAAUGCAUGCUGCCAAUGCUAACUUUCUUCACCCGACAUUCAAAAUAAAAUGGUGUGUUACAUAUUAAUGUCAA